CAACCAAAGUUAUGUUAGUAUUUUAAAGACUGGACCGUGUAUGGAGUUACUGGACCGUCGACGUGACGCUCAUAGCAGAACUGGACUCUGACGGAAAAGGCAUGAAAACCACCUGACUCGCCGGGAGACGACCUUUUCACGACACAUUUCACUUGUUGCGCACUUGUUAUUUUCUCCCUUUGGGACCGAGUUACUUUGAAACAUGGGUGUGUGUGUGUCAUCCGCGGAUGUUCUGCCUCCGAGCUCACGGUUUGUCUGAAUUUCUUCAUGAAACCAGCCAUAAAUGGCCUGCAGCUAAAACACCGGACAGCUGUGAAAGAAUGAAAGGCAUUAUCAGACAGGUCAGGCUAUUAGAAAAUCCCUGAGCUACGCGCAGCCGUGCUUUCCUUCUACUUUCUUUUCUAUUUCAUUCUUUUUUUGUAUUGGAAUUCCUGGAUGGUUUUUAAUGGAUCUUUAAUACGCACUGAUGAACAUGAACCUGAUCUCGGCGGAGUCUGUGAGCGGCUGGAGCUUUCACCUUCUCUACAGUGUCCUCCUCCUGUGGAGUGAGCAGAUGCACGGACUCUCCGACUUCUCAACUUAUUUAUUCAGGAUCAUCAUUAGUCACUCAACACAUGCCCGUGAUGGUGAGCUUCUGCUGCUUUCUUGCCCACGCCACUCCACCAUCUCUGUGCAGUCUGCAUUUUACAGGCCUCAUGCACCUCUCGCACAAUGCAAUGCACCUACAGCACUGCAGAAGAUGCUAUCAGAAUGCCAAGGCCGGAGAAACUGUCAAGUUUUGGUUAAUUACCGUCUGUUUGGCAGUGACCCCUGUCCUGGAACCACCAAACACCUUCAUGUGUCAUACAGCUGCAAACCCACGGAAAAUAAAAACAGAACAAAAUGUGAGGGUGAUCAAAUGCUGCUUCACUGUAAGUACCCAAAGCUGCUGAACAUCUACUCGGCUGUGUAUGGGCGAGAACUGGGAGAUAAAACAGUUUGUCUUACAGAGGAAGAGCAACCCCCUCCUUUUGAGUGCUUGUAUUACGGAGCCGUGGACACGGUAAAAAAAUUGUGCUAUGGAAAGCAGCGAUGUCAUUUUAUCGUUAAUGAUCAGCAAUUCAAAAAUCCCUGCAUGCCUGAAACAAAGAAGUACCUCAGGGUUGUCUACUCAUGCGUUCCAAAGAGUUUACUCAAAGAGGCUGACCCCAGCUUCUUCCAAACUACCACAGUUGCCCAAGAGAUCACCAAAACUGGGAAAUUUCCAGAUGUCAGAGAGUCCAGAUUGCCAGUUAAAAAUGGAAUCCUCGUGAGCAACUCUCUUAUGGCAUAUGGAUACAUUACAGAACAUCCUGAAAAGGCCGGCCUGCUCUUUGUCUCGAGUGUGUGUCUGGGACUAUUCCUUGUCAUGCUGGCAAUCUCUAUGAGGAUAACCUGCAGCAGGCAUCUUGAAGGAGCGAGCUGUUUAAACAAGAAGGCCGACACUGUGGAACCAAAAGAUGAAGAUGCUGAUGAUGAUGAAGACAGUGAUGGUGAAGAGUCCGAGCCAUUGAUGGACAGCUCAAUGAUGUCAGAGGUAGGCAGGAAAGUGUAUUGUUGGGAAGAGGCCAUGUACACGACUGAGGCGGCGGAACUGAUCGAGAGGCUGGAAAGACGAGAGAUGAUCAUCCAAGAGAUCCGGAUGAAUGCAUACCUCAAUGGCACUUCCUGCACUCUGCACUGAUACACACUGGCUAAAAUACAUGAAUACAGGUGAAGGUGCAGAAAUGAGAAUGUAGAAGGUUAUAUGAAUCCUCGGUUGGCUUGAUCACUGUGUGGUCAUUAAACAAACAGAUUUAUUACCUGCGCAUCUUCCACAAUUCAUUGUAUGCUUUUAUUAUUAAUACAAGAGUUAUUUAAU